AUGGCUCUGUCUAAAACUCCGGCAGCAAUGGGGUUCUCAGAUCUUCUCAAAGGAUUCUUCCCCCAUGAAUUUAACAAGCGAGAGAAUGAGAAUUAUAUUGGACCGUAUCCUGCACCAGCUCUAUAUGGUUAUGAUGCUAUGAGUGACGCCUCUAAGAAAACGUUCAUGGAGUGGUACGAUACGGUCCGCGACACCCCUUUUGACUUUCGAAAAGAGAUGCACAGCUAUUGUGUUAACGAUGCUGUGGACACUAACCCUGACGUUAAGGAGUUCAUGUUAACAUAUGAAAAACCAGGGCGUCUCAAUCCACGAGAAUCCCUCUUUGGAGGCCGCACAAAUGCAAUGAAGCUGUACCACAAGGUAUCAGUGGGAGAACCCUUUCUCUAUAAGAGACCUGGACAAGAAGCUGUUCUGUCCUGUACCACUGAAUCAUUCUCCCCCCCAACAUGCUCCAACGUUACAUGGUAUUACAACAGAGAUCAAACUGAGACUCUCGCUGAGGUCAGGAACGGAAAUGUUAGACAGAACUCAGCCCGAGCUGCCAGGCUGAGUGUGAACACUGACUGCUCUUUGGUCAUGAACAACAUCACUGCUGAGGAUGCUGGUCGAUACACCUGUCGGCAGGGGGAAGAAACUGAUGAAGUUACAGUUCUAAGUGUUCUGACAAUCUCUCCAUCUCCACCAGACGCUGAUCCAAAGAGGGACGGUGACGUCACAUUACAGUGCUCUCUGUUUAGAUUCAACCAUCCUCGGCUAGAGAACAGAAUCCGCUGGGUGGAUGAGACAGGAGCUGAGCUGCUUGGUGAAGGCAGGUGCAGUUUCCUCCAAAAGACGGUCUGUGUCUCUCGUCUGACUGUGAAGCGUCAGAGUGGCCACAACAGGAAGUACACCUGCCAGGUUGUUGAUGAGCAGAAGAAUGUAAAGAUAGAGGCUGACUACACACCUGACUUCAUAGGAGAGAUGACACAUAAUCAGACAGAAACAUCUAACCCAGGUAAGAAAAUAUUCAGCCGACCAGACACAAAGCUUCAGAGACAAAGUGUCAUGUUUAACAAAUUCUAA